AAUGACGCACCAUGGAUAGAAUUAAGGACAACAACGUGAAGGGAAUACGGAGGAGUAAAGAAGAAAAGAAGAUUCUUCGAAAACAGUUAAAAGCCAGUCACACUCUCUUAAAGCAUGAAGGAAUUAAUACCACAUCUCAGCCCACCAAGAGUUUGGUUGUUGCUAACGGCGGCCUGGGAAAUGGUGUUUGUCGUGAGCAGCUGCUGUCAACACUGAAAGAAAUGGGUGAGCUGGAGAUGCUGAUCAUGCCCCCUCAGAAGCCCUAUGCUUUUGUCACAUACAGGUCCGAAGAGGGAGCUCAGAAAGCCCACCUCCAUCUCAAUGGUCAAAGUCUGCAAUGUGGAGAAAACAGUGCGACUCUCUACCUCAGUUAUGUUGACUCAGUAUCCUGUGAGGGAGAGGAAUCUGUUCCAUUACCAGAGGGAUUAACCUUAGUAGAAGAUUUUGUGUCAGUAGAUGAAGAGACUCUGUUGCUUGCUGCCAUUGACUGGUCAUCUACAAAUGAUGAUAACACAGCUCAAAAAGCCCUGAAACACAGAAAAGUCAAACACUUUGGGUUUGAAUUUCGCUAUGACAACAAUAACGUUGAUAAGGACAAGCCCUUACCUACAGGUAUUCCUCAGGAAUGUCUGCCUGUCUUGGAGCGAUGCGUUAGCAACAGACACAUCAACACCAAGCCAGACCAGCUGACCGUCAACCAGUAUGAGUCUGGACAGGGUAUUCCUCCUCACGUGGACACCCACUCUGCCUUUGAGGACACAAUCCUGUCACUGAGCCUGGGAGCACAGACAGUAAUGGAAUUCCGUCAUCCUGAUGGCCGUCUUGUUCCCAUUGUGCUGCCACCACGGAGCCUCCUGGUGAUGAAGGGAGAGAGCAGAUACCUCUGGACUCAUGGGAUUACUCCUCGGAAAUACGACAUGGUGCCAGCCUUUGACCCACAAUUCCCUCCUCUAACAACGACUGAAAUUGGGACCCACAGCAAUCUCACUUUGAGCAAGAGAGGCACCCGCACUUCUUUCACUUUCCGCAAAAUCAGACAUGAACCAUGUGACUGUGCCUUCCCCUCUGCCUGUGACAGCCAGGGAGGUCCAACGGUGCCCUUUGUACCGACACCCCCUUCCCCCUCACUCCCUUGUUCCCAUGCAGACGCAGCCCUGCUGGAGGAGAAGUAUGUUCAUCGGGUGUAUGAUGCCAUCGCGUCCCACUUCAGCAGCACUCGCCACUCCCCCUGGCCUCGUGUUUGUGAUUUCCUGACAUCUCUACCUGCUGGCAGCAUGCUCGCUGAUGUGGGCUGUGGAAAUGGAAAAUAUCUGGGUGUCAACCCAGAUCUGAUUGUUGUUGGUUGUGACCGUAGCAGUGCUCUUGUCCAAAUCUGUGCAGAGAGAGGUUUCCAGGCAUUUGUAUCAGAUGCACUCCGUGUUCCUCUUCGAACAUCCUCAUGUGAUGCUUGUAUCUCUAUUGCUGUCAUACACCACUUUUCCACACAGGACCGUCGACUGGCAGCUUUGAGGGAGCUAGUUAGACUUUUAAAGCCUGGAGGUCGAGCACUCAUCUACGUCUGGGCUUUUGAACAGGAGUACAAAAAGCAGAGGUCCAAGUACCUCAAAGACAAGACCAAAGAGCAUCCUGAGGACAGCAGCCCUGCCAAAAACACAUCAGAAAACAGCCAGAAGCAUCAUGGAAAAUCAAACCAACAUUUAGAGGGCAACUACAGGGCUGUUGAUCACACACAGGAUGUUGAUAACAUGAGUGGUGGCAAACUUAGUGUGCACACUAACCGCACAGCCUUUGACACACAAGACCUGUUGGUUCCCUGGCAUCUGAAAGAAGGGAAAAGACGAGGAGAGGAUGAAUCAGGAGAGGGAGGGAAGAGGGACAAUAAGAAGGACAAGUCCAAAAAGAGUCCCACAACCAACACAGACUCUAAACCCCUUCUGAGGAACGACACAACUCAGACCUCGCCUGCAAAUCCAAAGUCUGAGAGCAGCCCAGCACCUGUUUUUCACCGCUAUUAUCACGUGUUCCAGCAGGGGGAGCUCGAGCAGCUGUGCAGUCAAGUGGCUGGAAUCAAAUUUCAGAGCAGCUACCAUGAUCAGGGAAACUGGUGUGUUAUAUUAGAGAAAGAUUAACUGAAAAACUCAUGAUUCUAAUGAUACAACUCUUAUCAAAAAACUGUUAAAUGGUUAAUCUAAGAGGGAGAAAAGCAAGGACACACGCCUUAAAUAAAUGCUAAG